AUGGCAUCUGAUGCUGUUAUCGAUCCUGCCCUCCUGAAUGAAGAACCCACUCGUGAACUGUCAAUCACAGAUAUGAUUGCUGAAUUUCAGUUGACUCACCCUUCUCUCAGCCCUCAUGCAAAUGCUGAAUACUCUGAUGAAUCAUCUCCUGGCCUCAAGCAGGAACCUGCUUUGCCCCAAGUUGAGUUUGGGCAAGUUGUCAAGAGACAGCGAAACCUCUCUGCAGAGUCAGAGGCAGAGUUAGCACACUUUAUGGAGGCUCCGAAUAUGAUUCAACAUUUUAUUUUCAAUUAUGCGGUCUCACUUGAGUAUUGCGACCUCUUUUUCAGGCUGUCUCGUGACAGCGAGUAUCAAGUGCUGGACAUGCUCAAGACCACUCUUCUUGAUUAUGCUCACUCUUACAUUUUCUCCCCCACCAUUGACUCUUAUCAGAGCCCUGACAAUCUGAACAAUGUUCUCGGGUAA